CUUACCUUUUUAUGAAUCUUUCUAUCUAUUUCUGUCAACGUCAGUCCUUCUGUUUCAUAUAUUUCUCUGAUAUAUAUAUAAUCCCCCCUUCUUUAUUCUUAUCCUUCUCAUCAUCAUCCAUAUGCCUCUUUUUCUAAUAUAUAUAAACCCAUUUCUCUCCAUAUCUUGCAACCUUCCUUUAUUUCUUUUUCUUGAAAAAAAGAAAAAAGAAAAUAGAAACUUUUUGUUGGUUUCUCUUUGUUUUCUUCUUAAUUUCUUGAUCAUGGACUCUAACCAACAGCAAGUGCAGCAACAACAACACCACCAACUAGCAAAUGAGGAGAAUAGCGGCGUUGGAUCAGCUAAAGGAAGCUUUCUUUGCAGGCAAAGUAGUACAAGAUGGACUCCAACAACUGACCAGAUAAGAAUACUGAAGGAUCUUUAUUAUAACAGUGGAGUUAGGUCUCCAAAUGCAGAUCAGAUUCAAAGAAUCUCUGCUAGGCUUAGACAGUACGGUAAAAUUGAAGGAAAGAAUGUCUUUUAUUGGUUUCAGAACCAUAAAGCUCGUGAGAGGCAAAAGAAACGUUUCACAACUGAUGUUCCCAUGCAACAACAACAACAGCAACAGCAACAGCAACAGCAAAGAACUGCUUCUGCUACUGUUAAACCUGAUCAAGAUCUUUCUUUCUACAACAAAUACCCUAGUUUUACUUCUCCUGGGUUUUCUUCUUCUGCAUCUCCAUCUUCAAAUUCUGGGUUUACUGUUGGACAGAUGGGAAAUUAUGGGUGGUAAACAAUGGAAAAGAGUUUUAGGGAGUGUUCAAUAUCAGCUGGUGGAUCCAUGAGCUCUAACUAUGGAUGGGUUGGGAUUAAUGAAAAUCCUUAUAGCAGUGGAUCAUCUAGUUACUCAUAUUUUGACAAGCAAAAAUCAAGUUAUAUGGAAACCCUAUUUGAACAACAUGAUGAAGAACAAGAAGAAGAACAAGAAGCAGAAAUUGAAACUCUCCCUCUCUUCCCUACACAAAGAGAAAACAUAAAGCACAACCCUCUUUCUUACUCUCAGUAUCACAAUUGGUAUGGUUCUGCUCAAGAAAGCAACAACAACACUUUCCGUACUACUUCAUUAGAGCUUAGCCUCAACUCGUACACUGCUAAUGGGCAGGGACCAGAUUCUAUCUAGUUAAUAAUAAUCUAAUAUAUUUAUAUUAUGUAUGUAAUUCUUCACUUAAAUCAUAUUUAGGUCCUACUAAUUAAUUAAUUAAUUAUAUAUGGGUCUAUUUUCUUUUAUGUGCUUAAUUAAGCAAUCUAGUAUGUGAUUUUCUUUGCUUUGACAUGUGUCAGGCAAAGAACUUAAUUAAUUAGUAGUAAUUAUCUUCCCUAACCAUGUGUUUUUCAA